CUCCGAGGCUAUGGCAGUGCGGCUGGGCCCGGUGCUGCUGGCCGCAGCCGAGGGGCUGUUGCCCCGGCUCGGAGCCGGAAGUCCCGGCCUGGAGCGCAAUUUUAGCCUCUCUCACAGCUGGAACACGGUGAUCGUGGAGCGCUGGUGGAAGGUCCCGCUGGCAGCCGAGGGCCGGAGUCCGCGUCUGCGCCGGCGGCACCGGGUCUACCGGCUGGUGGAAGACACCCAGCACCAGCCGCAAGGGACCAUGGAGCUCAUCCUGACCCGGACGGUGGAGGACCUCGGAAUCCGAGGCGACACUGUCACAGUGAAGAAAUCACUGGGCCGGAAUAAACUGCUUCCUCAGGGUCUUGCUGUUUACCCAUCACCAGAGAACAGGAAGAUGUUUGAGGCUGAGAACCAGUUGCGGCAGGAGGGGAAGCUAGAGAAGCUCCAGACCAAGACUGGUGUGAUGACAGUGAAAUUCUUGAAGAGCUGCCACCUGGAAGUGGGAAUGAAGAAUAAUGUCAAGUGGGAGCUAAACCCUGAAAUUGUCUGCCGCCACUUCUUCAAAAAUCUUGGCGUGGUAGUAUCCCCACAUGCCCUAAAGCUACCUGAAGAGCCAAUCACAAGGUGGGGCGAGUACUGGUGUGAGGUGACGGUGAAUGGGCUUGACACAGUGAGGGUCCCCAUGUCUGUGGUGAAUUUUGAGAAGCCCAAGACCAAGAGAUACAAGCAUUGGUUAGCGCAGCAAGCUGCCAAGUAAAUGGACCCUACCAGUAAAGACUUCUCUUUCCACCUGUGGCAACCAGAUACUUUCCAGGUGCCUACUCUGGAAUCAGUGGGGCAAAGAUAGAUCUACCCUUGAUCCUGCUUCCCUUACUGUGACUUAGUUUGGAGUCUAAGUGUAUAAAGGCAUCAGAGAGAACACAUCACUUUCCCUGUGUUUGCCAACUACGUCGUGGAUGUUUCUAGCCCUUUUUGCUUUCCAUCCACUGUCCUUGCUGCAGACCUGCUUAGGAAGCAUUGGAGUCAGGAGAUGUGAUAAGGAUUGGAAUUUACCACGGGGCAUCUUCCAAACUGAGAGUCAGGCUGAGCCCCUCUGAGUGAGGAGAAAUGGAAGUCCUAACUAGGAUCUCUCCAUUCUGUGUGCCCACCACCUGCAUCAUGAUCAUCAAUAAAGAUAUUUGUGCUCUA